AUUUUCCAUCUUCUUCCAUUGCACUCAUUACGAUCCUUUGUUAAAACAUUUAUUGAAAAUACUUUAGCACACACAAAACAGAGAGCCGCCUGAUUUCCUUAUUCCGAAGAGGAUAUAGUUUAUAUUGAGCAAGAAUGACUCUUGAAGACACAUCAUCCAUCCUCUCUGCCGCAAACACUGCAUUUGUCGAUGAAGAUUACCAGGAAGCACUUUCCCUCUAUGCGCGCGCAAUAGAAACCUCUCCGUCUACUCCUGAUCUAUAUCUUAAGCGUGCGGCAUGCUACCAUCAACUGGAACAAUUUCGUGAAGCUGUGGAGGAUGCAAAAGCAGCUGCCAUGCUGGCCGGGGGGGAUCCUAAAGUUGUGGGAAAAGCUCACAUAAGGAGAGGCAUGGGUUUAUUGGAAUUGGGCAAUGCACAGGAAGCUUUGGAUGCUUUUCUGGAGGCGAGAAGGGUGACUGGGGACGCAGAUGGCGUCAAACGAUGGAUUGAGAAAUGUGAAAAAUUGGGUGCCGUAGUCCCAAAGCCAGUGUCAACCUCAGCUCCAGCUCCCUCCUCCAAUGUCGCGUCUACAUCGACUCCCGCUAGCAUUCCGCAACCUGCUUCGUUCCUACCACCUUCAAAAAUUCGCCAUGAAUGGUUUCAAAACGAAAACUUUGUUACCCUCACAGUUUUUGUCAAAAAUGCUAAAUCAGAAGAUGUUAAUCUUGUCUUGGUUGAGCGCGCACUUUCCUUAAGCGUAAAGCUUCCCAGCGGUGGGGACUACUCGUUGGAACUGGAUCCAUUGGCUCAUGAAAUUGUGCCAAGCGAAAGCAAGCACUCCAUUCUGAGUACAAAGAUUGAAAUCAAGCUCAAAAAGAAAGAUCUGGGUGUGAGAUGGGGCACAUUGGAAGGAGAGGAAAUUGGUCCAGUAACGACGGUUGCAGGGGCGAAUGCCCAGGAUAGGCCUGCGUAUCCAUCAUCCGCUAAGAAGAAACACGACUGGGAUGCGGUAGCCAAAUCUCUUGAACAAGAAAAGCCUGAAGGGGAACAAGCUUUGAAUGCGCUAUUCCAGCAAAUCUACCGGGAUUCGAGCGAGGAAGUGCGGCGUGCAAUGAUGAAGAGCUACAUUGAAAGUAAUGGUACAUGCUUGAGCACAAACUGGGAAGAAGUUGGAAAGAAGACGGUGGAAACUACGCCUCCUGAAGGCAUGAUAGCAAAAAAGUAUGAAGUGUAGAUCGGACUACCGUUAGGCAUUCGGGGUUGUUUUCUUUCGCCGGAUCUGUAAUAUAUAUUGGCGUGAAAUCCAGUGACAAUGUCGAAAUCAAUGGCCUGAGUGUCAAUUCAGCCAUCCA